AUGGGCCAAGGUCACUCAACAGCCCAAGCGGGUACUGGGGAUUCAAACGAGAAGAGUGCUACCAAGAAAGACUAUUACGAACUUCUUGAGGUGGAUCAAAAUGCGUCGUCGGAAGAGUCUGCACUGGAGCUACAUCCCGACAGAAACUUUGGGAAUGUACAUGCCUCAACGAACCUCUUUGCAGAGAUUCAAUCUGCCUACGAAGUGCUCUCAGAUCCCCAAGAACGAUCAUGGUAUGAUUCUCACCGCGACGCAUUUUUAGGGGGCGAUGGAAAGGGUAAUAUGACUGAAAAUUCACACAAAACACACGUGAUGAUGGCUGCCGAUAUUCUCAAAUUAUUCUCGAAGUUCAGUCCCCGGAUGGAGUUCACAGACGCACUGGAUGGGUUUUAUGGUGGUUUGCGUGAAACAUUCGCACAAAUUGCGCUGGAAGAAGAAUCAGCAUGUCGCUGGGAAAACCUGGACAUUAUUAAAUACCCAUCUUUUGGAUCUCGCGAUGACGCUUUUGCAUCCGUGCGUGGUUUCUACGCUGCAUGGGGCAGCUUUUCGACCAAAAAAUCCUUUUCGUGGAAAGAUGCCUACCGGUACUCGGAUGCCCCCGAUCGCCGCGUUCGUCGGUUGAUGGAGAAAGAAAAUAGGCGUCUGCGAGAAGGAGCAAUUCGCGAAUUCAAUGAAGCUGUUAGAUCGCUUGUGGCGUUCGCAAAGAAGAGAGACCCGCGCUAUAAAUCUUAUAGGGAUAGCUCGUCGCAACAUCGUGAAGCUCUUUUCCAGUCUGCCGCUUCCCAGGCGACAAGGUCGCGAGCAGCAAACCAAGCAAGGUUGCGGAGCCAUGUUCUGCAAGACUGGGCGAAGUCUGAGGAGCCCGAGGAAGAUGUCGCAGAAAGCUUCAACGAAGAUGAGACAGAGCAGUUUGAAUGCAUCGUCUGCUGCAAGAUUUUUAAGAGUCAAAACCAGUUUCUGGCCCACGAGCGUAGUAAGAAACACAUCAAAGCUGUGAAGCAGCUUCGUUGGGAGAUGAAGAUCCAGAACGACGAGCUUAAUUUAGGAGAUGCGGCCAAUGAUAACGGGGACACGAAAACGACUGGAGAUGGUUCUUAUCAGGGAGAAGACUCUGUCAAUAUUUCAACAAGCCCACCGGGACGGAGUUUGGACUGUUCGAAUGACAAAACGGAACACAGCCACCCCGAAAUUAGCAAUCAUGAUGCCGACUAUGCCCCAAGGGAGGUUCUGGAGCGCAGGCUUGACCAAGAGAACCCAUCCACUCAAAUUCUAAUGGAUAACGUCGAUAAUAUUUCUCAAGGCCUGUCCGCCGCUAGGUUGAAUGAAACUUCUUCCUCAACGACCGCCAAAGUUGGCAAGGCAAAGCAAAAGCGGGCUAAGAAGGCCCGUCUUGCGGAAGAAAAGAUCCAGUUAACAGAGUGCACUAUUUGCAAUGCUUCUUUCUCUUCGAGGAAUAAGCUUUUCUCUCAUCUAAAGUUGCAUCGAUAG